UGAUGAGAUUCUUGAGCUAGAAUCUAGAAUUUAAUUAACGCCCAUCCGCCUAGCAGAAUGGCCUCCUCCACAGGUCUCCUGGUGGUGUCCAACAUCAAGCAGCUGGGCAAAUCGCUGCGCGCCAUCGAGAAGUACGUGAACUCGCUGUACAUCCACUUGAAUGUGGCGGGGUCAACGUCCACUGGGUCACCAGUGCCACCGCCUCCCGUUUGGGGUCGUCUAAUCUCGCAGCUCUACGCGAACAGCAGCAGCUAUGUGGGAUCCCACCAGUUGGAUCUGCGCGUCCUUGUUUCGCCCUUGAGAGGAGGAGCAGCCAGUGGCUCUUUGAAAUUGCGCCAGCCCGUGGAUCUGAUCUUUUCGGAUGCGCAUCAUCCGGAGUUGUGCGAUCGUUUAAGGGCUGAUCUUAAUAUCAGCAAACCCACCAUCUUCCUGGAGGACGCGGCCACCUCGGAUUUGAGUGGUGAGGAAGAUGCCACGCAGGUUCCAAAGGUUUAUCCCUCGGUUGUCCUGGGCGGCACCUUCGAUCGCAUCCAUUUGGGCCACAAGAUAUUCCUCACCCAGGCGGUGUUGCGCACCUGCCAACGCCUCGUUGUGGGCGUGACCACCGCCGCCAUGACGAAGGGAAAGACGCUGCCUGACUUGAUUCUGCCCGUGGAGGAGCGAAUUGCGCGGCUCAGGGAGUUCCUAAUGGACAUAGACAGCACGCUGCAGUACGAGAUUGUGCCCAUCGACGAUCCCUUCGGGCCCACGCAGGUGGAUCCCGACCUGGACAUGAUUGUGGUCAGUGCGGAGACGCUGCGUGGAGGUCAGAAGGUCAACGAGAUACGCCACGCCAAGCAGCUGCGGCAGCUGGAGAUCUUUGUGAUCGACAUUGUGGAGAGCAAUGUGCACGACGGCAUCCACGAGACGAAGGUCAGCUCGAGCAAUACGAGGAUUGAUCUGCUGGGUUCCCGGUGGCGAAGGCCAGAGCAGCGGACGCAGCUUCCAGCGCGUCCCCAUAUCAUUGGGUUGACCGGUGGGAUUGCUUCUGGGAAAAGUAAGAUGGCAGAGAGACUUUCCAAGAUGGGAGCCCACGUAAUCGACUGCGAUAAGGUGGCCCACGAUGUUUAUGAACCGGGACAGGUGUGUUACCAAAGGAUUGUGGAGCACUUUGGCCAGGGAAUUGUUUCCCCCACAGAUAAUCGCAUCGAUCGCACCAAGCUGGGUCCCUUGGUCUUUGCCGAUCCCAAGCAGCUGCAGGCCCUUAAUGGUAUCGUUUGGCCGGAAUUGAUAGCCGAGGUGAAUAGGCGGUUGGAUAGGCUGCGUUCCCAGGCGGAGGUGCCCCGCGUGGUGGUCCUAGAGGCGGCUGUACUCCUGCGAGCUGGCUGGGAGAUCAAUUGCCACGAGGUGUGGUCCAUGAUUGUGCCGCCCGAGGAGGCUGUGCGGCGAAUUGUCGAACGCAACCACCUGAGCGAGGAGGAGGCGCGGAAGCGGCUGGCCAGUCAGGUGCCCAACCCAGAGAUCGUGGCCAAGUCGCAUGUGAUCUUCAGUUCGCAGUGGGAUCACGAGUUCACCCAGAAGCAGGCGGAACGGGCCUGGCAAAUGCUCACCAAGGAACUGGACGCGCACCAGAGCAGCCUUUAAAACAGAUGGAUAUUCAAGUUACCUGCUAGCUUUUGUUGUUGAUUCUUUAUGCAUUUGUUUACAUUGCUUAGUUGUAAGUCGAAAGUUAAAGAGAAGUUCCGGUUUGUCAUUGGG